AUGUGUGAACCAAAUAAAAAUACCCCACAAUGGAUAUCAGUGGAUGGAAAUAAUCAAGAAAAGAUAUACAGCGAAAGUUUAAAUAAUGAAGAGAAUGAAUUAUUAAAAGAUGAAAAUAUAAGUAAUAGAGAAAAGGAAUUAAUAUUAAAAAACCAAAAUUUUGUAAAAGAUUUAGAACUAUUAGAAUUAAAUUUGGGUGGAAAUAUGAUAAAAAAUAAACCAAUAUUAAGUAAAAGUAAUAUAUCAUAUUUUUGUACAGAAAAAAAUAUAAUAUGUUUAAAUUUAAAAAAAAAAAAAAAAAAAAUAAUUGUAACAUCAUUUUCUAUAGAUCGAAUGUUUUAUUUUUAUGAUAAAAAAUCUGAUGAAGAAUAUUUAAUAUUAAAAGGAUUUGAUACUUAUAUAUAUAUAUAUCAAAUUACAAACAAACGUUUUCAAUUUAUUAAAAAAUUUAUUAUAAAUAAUUUAUUUUAUAUUAAUAGUUUUGGAAAAAAUGGUGAACUAUGUUUAGCUACCUGGGAAUUUGUAGAAAAUAAAAUAUACACAAAUUUUUUCUUAUUAAGAUUUGCUUUUAAUUAUGAAAAUGGUUUUUACAAUUUUGAUAAUGACCAACAAGAUGGCGAACAAGAUGACGGACAAAAUGAGCCACCACCUCAUCAUGUCACAUAUAAUUACGAAUCUAGUUUCGAAAAUGAAUGUGAUAUGAAUACAUAUCCAGAUGAAUUGUCUAUAAUUUAUGAAUCUGAAUCUGAAAGUGAAGAAUUUAUAAAAAAUAAUUAUUAUAACCCAAAUUUUAAAGGAAAAAAAAAAAAAAAAAAAAAAAAAAAAAAAGUGAUUGGAACAAAAUUAAUAUUAAAACCAAUAUUAAAAAUAAAAUAUAUAUAUUUUUCAAUGAUAGAUAUGGAUGAAAAUUUAUCUAAAUUAGUUUUAGCAAAUAAUAAUUUAAUAAUAAUAUAUGAUAUAACAAAAAGUUGGUACAAUAUUUUAUAUUAUACUAAUUAUAUAUCAGCUGUUAAAAUAUGUGAUGAUGAUAAAUCUUUAUGUGUUGGUUUCUUCAAUGGAUAUAUAUAUAUUCUUAAUUUUGGUGAAAUUAUAUCUAAUAAUUAUGAACAAAAUGAAUCACUAAACAAAGAUUCUAAUAAUACAUCUAAUAUACCUCAACAAAUGUAUUCAAAUUAUUUGUUUAAUAAUAUAAAAUCGUUUUCAAGGAUGUUUCCUUAUGUUCCAGUGUUUGAAGCAGAAUAUAUAAAUAGCGAUAUUUUAGGAACACAAAUAAAUGAUAAGGAAUGUGAUAAUAAUGGGUUUGUAAAAAAUAUUCCAUAUAUUAAUUUGGGAGAUGGCAUAAAAAAUGUAAUUAAUAAACAAAAAAUUAAUUGUACAAAAUAUAAAUGGCAUAGUCAUUCUGUUUAUAAUAUAAUAACAAAACAAAAUAAAAUAUGUUCAACGGGUGAAGAAGGUGUUAUAUUGAUAUAUAACAGAAAUGAUGCAUCAUUUGAAUUUAUUUCACAUUUAGGCUCUCCAUGUUAUUAUAUGUAUCUAAAUAUAAAAAAAAAUAUAAUAAUAUGCAAUUCAUUAAAUAACUCUAUCUUGUUUAUUAAUUAUAAUAAACGUUUAUUUUUUUAUAAAUAUAAGGGUUUAUCUAUGCCACUAAAAUUAUCUCAAUUAUUUUAUAAUAAUCUUGAUAUGAUUACAAACGUUAAAAAAUCUUUUGGUAUUUUUGAAUCUCAAUUAUUUGAUAAAUUUAAUUAUAAUGAACAAUUUAUAAAUAAAAGAAAAAAAAAUCAAGUUAAUAUUUUAAAUGAUGAAAAAGCAAAAAAUAAUGAUAUUGUCGAAAUCGAGGAAAAUGAUGAAAAAACAAAUAAUAAUGAUAUUGUCGAAAUCGAGGAAAAUGAUGAUAACCCCCAAAAUAAUGAUAUAGAUAAGGAAGAUGACGGUGCCAAUUUUUAUAAUUUUUCUGAAAAUGAAAAUAACGAAAUGGCAAAAAAAAGCAUAAUAACAUUUGAAUCAAUACAAAAUGAAUUAGAAAAAAGAAUAUAUAAUAAUGCAAAUAUAGAAAAUAAUUUAUAUCAAAAUUUUCAAUUAUCUUAUUUUUGUGGAUCAAAUGAUGGGCUAAUAUGUUGUUUCUUAACAUCUUUUGCACAUCUACAAUUAUAUAAUGUAGAAAAAAAUAAACAUAUAAAAAAUAUAUGUCCAUUAAAUAUAAUAUAUAAAAGUCGAACAGAUUCAGAAAAAGUAAAUGAUAUAGAAUUAAUUUUAUAUGCUAUUAAUAAUACACGAAAUAUUAUUAUGACUAUUGAAAAAAGAAAUUAUUAUAUAUAUGGUAUUUUAGAUGCAAUUAACAAAAAUUUAAUACAUACUGUUUAUACUAUUCGAUUUUGGAUACAUAUAAAAAAUUUCGAUUAUUAUGAUAUGUUUCAUUAUGUCAUUAAUAAAGAACCUGAUGAUAUUUCAGAUAUAAUGGGAAAUAAAAAAGAUACAAUAAAUAAUAAUAAGGAUAGAGAAGAAACUGAAAUGAGUGAAGAAAAUAAAACUAAUUAUAAUGAUGAUCUAAAUAAUUCUAAAAUAAAUACAAAUCAUAAUAUUGAAAAAUAUAAAAAAAUAAUUCCUCAUCCAGCUUUAAGUUUAUUUAUAUUAUUAUGUUCAGAUGGAAAUAUAACAUAUUGGUGUUUAGAAAAAUCGGAUAAAAUUUUAGGAGAUGAUAUAUAUCAAAAUUUCGAAAUCGAAAAAUAUGAAAUAAAUAGCUUUAAUUUAGCAUAUAUAAUAAAAAAUACAGAAAAUGAAACAGAUAUAUUCCCAAAUAAUAUUAAUAAUAACAAAGAUGUUGAAAAUAACACAACACAAAAUAAACUAAAUGAUGAAGAAGAAGAAGAUGAUGAAAAUGAAAAUGAAAAAUAUAAUAUUAUAACUGUUGUGAAAAAUAUAAAUUAUAAAAAUACUCCAAUUUUAAAUGGAGAUAUAAGUAAAGAUGGGGGUAUAUUAUGUAUAUGCCAUGAUACAAUAAUAUCUAUAUGGGAUUGUAUAAAUUUAAAAACAUUAGCAAUAAUUAAUCAUCCUAUGUAUACAUUACUAAAUGAUUAUAUAUUUAAUUUAUAUAAAGGAAUAGAAAUAUUUAAUGUUGAAAAUAAUAUGUACAUGUGUUACUACUCAUUUGAUACUCUUUUUAUUUAUUCUUUGAACCAAUUUCAUUUAGUACAUGAAAAAAAAUUUAAUGGAAUUAUUGAAUAUGUAAAAUUUGAUAAACAUUCCUCAAAAAUGUUAGCAGUAGGUAUAACUAAGAGAAUUAAAAUUUCUAAUGAUCAAAAAAUUAAUCAACAUCAUUAUGAUAAUACCUGUCUUGUUCAGAAAAAUUAUUUAUAUAAAUUUAGCCAAAAUUAUUUAAAAAAAAAAAAAAAAUUUUAUUUGUCACAAAAUAAACCAAUUAUAGCCAUAGACUUUGCUCCAAUAAAUAAGGAACAAAGUGUAACAUUAACCAAUUAUCAAGAUGAAGCAAUAAUUAUAGCACUAAAUUCAAAGUUUCAAAUAUGUACCUUUUAUUUUAAUAAUUAUCCUAAACAUGUACAGUUAAGGUAA